AUAAUUCUCCACGGUCUGGAUCUUUACAAUUAUGCAGUUUUUGACUACUGCGAUAUGCCUGCAAGCACAAUUAGGUGUUUUUUGUUGCGAACUCAAAAUGUUUUUGGAUUACGAUUAGUUAGUGACAGUAUCAUUUAUCAUUGAAAGAUACAUAGCUACAGUCAGAUCAAUAAAUUAUGAGCACAUUGGAUGCACAUUAGGAAUUUUGAUGGCAAUAUUGCAAGUAUGAAAAAAUAUCUCAGAAAACAAAAAUUGGUCAAUUUCCAGCUUUUGAUUGGAUUUAUCUCAACUUUAUUCACAUUUAUGAAUUUUUCAUUUGCGGACCCUUUUAUGAAUUAUUGCAUUGGUUUUAGAACUGGAAUCAGGGGCAGCGCCGAAGUAAUAAAUAUAACGGGCAUUGCAAUUCAAAUUUUUGGAAGAAUACUGUUUGAGUACAUGUUUCGGAAGAAUGAGAGAGUGACAUUAAACGUUUUAAAUUUUUUUCAGAAGCUCCGAGCAAAACUAUUAACGUGUACACUUUCAAAUCGAUACUCUCUGGAGCAAAACUUGAAAUCUAUGAAAACAUUGAAAGUGUUUGCCAAUUUACAAUCUACGUUCCUCAUUCUCCAGUUUUUAUUUUUUUCAUAUUAUUCUUUAUCUCGGGCUGGCUAUUGAUAAAACAACGUAUAUCUCAUUGAUCGAAUUAAAUGCCUGCUACCCAAUAUACGCCGUGGUUUCCAUCGUUAUAAUUUUUCGAAGAAAUCGGUUGAACAAGGUGAAGCUCAUGAAGUCUCUCAAAAAACACGUUAAUGCAGAUCAGAGUAAUUAUUUCAAGAAUUUUCAAAAGGAGUGGCAGUGA